AGACAAGAACUAGUUGCUACACUGAGGAAAAGGGUUACCAACUGUGACGGUUUUUUUUUGUAUUUUAUUAUUUUGUGCUUCUUCAGUUUUUGUGUUAAAACUCGUGAAAAAGAAGGGAUUUAGGAUGAAGUGUUUUCAUCAAUUGUGUAUUCCACUUCUAUUAGUAACUUUACUAAUAUCUGAAUCGGAAUCGAAAAGAGUCCGAGUUCGCCCGGUUCAUCAAGAAGACGAAGAACAAUACGAAGAUGAACAACAACCCGUUGAAUAUUACGAAGCAGUUCCUCAAGAUUCCCAAGAUCAAAGAGUCGUUUAUAUAUCAGCAGCUGAUCAAUACAACGGUCUUUACGGCCAACCUUCAGCGUCUUCGAGAUCAUCCCAACAAGACAACUACAUCCAACCCGUUCGAGGUUUGAGUAAAACUAAAACGAAAGAACCUUCGAAAUCACCCCCGGUUCAAACGAUUAGAAAUUAUAAUAAAGUUAACGAUGAUGGUUCGUUUACUUUUGGCUAUGAGGCUGCUGAUGGAAGUUUUAAGGAAGAAACUAGGGGAACUGAUUGCGUCGUGAGGGGGAAAUACGGAUACGUUGAUCCUGAUGGGAAUAAAAGGGAGUUUACUUAUGUUAGUGGAAAUCCGUGCGAUCCUAACGCGCCGAAAGAAGAACAAGAACCGGAAAGGGAUCAAGAUAGGAGUAGGGAAGUUGAAAAGGAUGAUGAUGGGGUUCCGAAUUAUCCAAAUUAUCCCAAUUACCCGAUUAGGCCGGUCCAAAGACCGAUUCAAAGACCCGUUGUGACAACCCCUGCUCCAAAACCUUCCGUUACUUUGUUCCAAAAUAAUUAUGUUAGAGAUGAAGAAGAAGAGGAGGAGGAAGAAGAAGAUGUUCCUGUACCAAUUUCUAGACCUCAACCAGUUCAGCCAAUCAGGUCUAGACCAUCAACAACGAUUUACAUCCCAAGACCACAAUACGUUGAACAACCACAAACGGAAGCUCCUCGAUAUCAAACACCUAAAUAUUUAAGCAUCCCAUCAACGACGCCUUCCUCGUUAAUUUACAAGAAUACAAUAACUCCAAUUAGCAUAACUCCGAGACCAACUCCAAGACCGGAACCUGUAACAACUUACAGACCGCAAACUCUUCAAUUAAGUGUAACACCUAAAUCACCGUUGUUAUUUACAAAACCGUUAUCUGCUUACGCGACAAGACCGAGUUACAUAACAACCCCUUCACCGAGUUAUUCAUCAUCUUACACGCCAUCAUAUCCAUCUUAUACCUCUUCGUCGGCGGGAUCAAGAGGAAAUUUAGAUUUUGACGCCGAAUUCCAAAAAUUCCAACAAGAAAAUACCAUCGUUUCGUCAACUCCAACGAGUGUACCAAAAGCUGUUACUAAAGCCGCAACUUUAUCAACGCCGAAAGCGAAUCCAACUCUAUCGAAUUCAGGUCAAGUUUAUUCCUCAGCUUUAGUUUAUGAUCCAAAAUCAGGUCAAUAUAACACGCAGUUGUAUCAAGCUUUGCCUCAAACCGACGGCGAUUUUACGUUAAAUCAAAAAAUUCAACCUUACGUGUUUACCCCGCAACAACAAUUAUUGAAUUUCCAACAAUUACAAUCUCAAAGUCCUUUGUAUAGGGGAUCAAGUCAAAGUGGGGGGAGACAACAACAACAACAACAACAACAACAUCAACAGCAGCAACCGAGUCAAGCUUUGUAUCAACAACAACAAGCUGAGUUACAAUUUCAAAAUUCAGCCCAAUUAUACGCGCAACAACAAAAAGCUCGACAACAACAACAAUCUCAACAACCGCAAAGUCAACCGACGCAAACUCAACAACAAACUUCGCCGCAACAAUUUUAUUACGUCCAACCUCAACCAUCUUAUACAGGUGGACAAAUAGAUGCGUUUUUAAGGGGUCAUAAUAUACAGUUUUAAGUUAUUUUAUUAAAUUUAUUCUUAUUGAGCGAUAAUUUUUUUUUUUUAAUUAGAAAAACAAAGACGAAUUAUCGAUUUUUUUAAAUGUUGUGUGACGAAAUAAAAAAAAAAUAAAUAAAUAAAUAAAUAACAUGUUAUUAUCAUCGUUAGGUUGAAAAUUAGAUGGUAAAAAGUAAAAACAAUGUGUAAAUAAUACACUUCUUAAGAGUGAAAGUAAUUUCAAAGAGAGUGAGACACGCCCGAUGUGUUGCGCAAUUUUCUAUUCACUUCACUUUCUUGUACGACGAGGAAUGUAUGAAAAGAAGCGGAAUUAUGCGUGGUAAUUACGAACGUUAAAAAAAUUUUUUUACGAACGAUUACGAUGUACGACAUUGUAUAUAAAAUGAAAUUAUCGAUAAAUUUAAUAAUAAAUUAAAAUGAAUAAAAAUAAAUAAAACAGUUA